GCGGGGCGGCGGCGGCUGUCGUCCCUGGUUGCACCGCUCCGGCUUCCCCCCUACGCCGGCCGCUGCGGGACGCGGCCCGACAUGCUGCUGCUGCUGCGGGCUGCCGGCCGCCGGCCACCCACCGCCGCCGCCACCGCCUGGCUGUGGGGCGCCGCUCACCGCGGGCCCCCGACCGCCGCCUGGCGCCGCCGGGCCGCCCUGCCCGCCAUCGGGGGGGCCCAGCAGGUCACAUCUUUUCAAGGAGUGGCUGUUCGCAGCCUCUGCACAUCCAACCCUCAUGAACACCCAGAACAUGGAAGAUUAGUUUAUAAAGGAAAUUUGGCAAAGGCAGUGUUAGGUGUGAGGUUUUUCUCUUACUCCACCAGCAUAUUCAACCUGUUCAUGAUGCCCUACAUCAUGCUCAAAACUGGUAUUGGAUUUGAAAGCCUGUUUAUACAAGCUGCCUUUUAUGGGUUGAUUGGGUUUUUUACGUUUGUAACACCGGUUACUUUGCAUGUCCUUACAAAAGGCUAUGUGAUUCGACUCUAUUAUAAAGAUGAAAUGGACACGUAUACAGCCAUUACAUACAAUGCAAUCUUGGCAGAAAAAGCAACUGUUUUCCAUCAGAAGGAUGUAAAGAUUCCAGACAUCACCAAGAUGUUUACAACAUUUUAUGCUAAAACGAAAUCGAUGCUUGUUAAUCCAACGCUUUUCCCGAAUCCUCAGGACUAUAACCAUCUCAUGGGCUAUGACAAAUCCUUUUAUUUUAACUUAGAGGAGGAGAAGGAAACUGAGGAAAGGAAAUAAUUUGAAGAAAAUGAAUGUCACUAUCAUUGUUCACGGUGCAGUGCUAUAUAUGUGAAAGAAUGUAAAAUUCUAUUAGACUUUCUUAAGUAUCAGAUAGCUAGAGUUCUCCAAAUGCAUUUUGGAAUGUAUAAAAAAAAGCUUAUUUUUUUUUUUAAACUCAUAAAUCAUGUAGGGGUUUCUUCAGAGUUGAUGACAUAAAACAUAGUAAAAAAAUAUGCUUAAAUCUGUCUUGGCUUGUUUGUUCUUGGCUUGUUUUUUAUUGUUAGCUCUCCAGGAGAACUGUAAAAUGCACGGGCUGUGCCAGUCUCACCAUCUUCAUUUCAAAAGGAGCUGUUCAUAGAAAAAAAAAAAUCAUCAGUCCUCAUUACCUGUCACGUACAUAGUUAAGCUUUUAAGCCUUAAAGAUUAAUUGUACUUAACGAGAGUGGAGAUGGCUUUGACUUCCCUUUGUGAGAGCAUUGGUAUCCAGGAGGAGUCUACGGAAAGCAGAUGGUGUUGCUAGUUUCUGCAACAGCUGCCUGCAGGCCCCUGGAGAAGAUGGGGAGGAGAAUGGCUGUGUCACAAUAAUCUCUAGCUACUCAUGGCUAAUAAAUGGUUUCUUAACUCUAUAGAGUCCCACUCCGAGCAACCCUGUCCCCAGAGGUGGAGAACAAGAAGCCUGUCUUUUAUUGGGUGGGUGGAAGCACCUUAGCAUAAGACUUGCUUUGUGAAUAUCCUGUUGAAAAUGUGCUGUAUUUGAACCAACUUAAAAUACUAGCAGCUAGAGGUUAAAAUGGACUCUCUCAACAUUUAUGUGAGGUGGAGACACAAAAGGGAAUCCCCUGUCGAGAACUGUUUAGAUCUUGUGCCUUUAAAAAACAUACCUCUUGAUUUUUAGCACUGCAAAGCAAGCCACCCCUAGCUCAAGUGAAAAGAGGAUUAGAUUUAUUCUGUGUGACUAGACUGGGUACUUCUGCACUUUGAGUAUGUGGAAAUUGGAUGGUUUUAGCCCGAAGAAAGGUUUGUCACAUAUUGACAGAGUAUUGACACAUACUUGUUUUCAAAUCAUUAAGGGCCUAAAUAUUUUGAAGGUUAAAAAUUUCUGAAUUUAAAAAAAACCCCAAAAUUCAAAUUAAUCCUUUUGUAUUAGCAGCGCCCUUUGUAAUAAGUAAAUCUGAUGCUUGCUACUAAUACUGCAAAUGAAGAAAAAAUAAUUAUAGCUACCUUUACAGAUAUUUCCAAAGUUCUAGCUGAAAAAAUGUACUUAAAAGUUGAGAUGUCUUCCAAGACUAUUGUUUCAGUUUCCUGUCAUAGGAUGACACUAUAGGUUGUACUAAAGCAUCAGUGCUUUUAAAUGUUGUUUUUCUGACUGUUGAAAUUGCUCUCAAUGUACUUGCUGAGUAAUUAAAAAACAAAUUGUCCCAUCCAGAUACUUUCAGGGCAAUUCUUUUGUGUUGAUACAGCUAUAAUUUUAAAAGCCUGAUCUAGCCCGUUAAGCCAGUAUCACUUCACAGGUAACAAUAUAUUAAAAAAAAUAUAAUUCCAUAGAUUAUAUUGAAGAAGUGAGGCCAGUAGCAAGCAAUUCUCAUCACCUGGUUGUACUACUUGUCUGUUGAAAUGUUCUACAUCUAAUUAAAAAUAGUCUUUCCAUUCUUU